AUUGAGACAUAUUAUAUAUUGCAAAACAACUAAAAUGGUCCGUUGUUCGUGUUUCAUGUUUGAAUUCAAGGGCAUUCCAUGCCGACAUAUCUUGGCAUAUCUUAAACUUACCAAUCAUAGUGAGUUACCGGAAUAAUAUAUUCUAAGAAGAUGGUGCCGAAAUGUCAGAAAAAGGGUUGUUCUUAGAGAUGGUAAUAUUAUUGGAGAUAAUGCCACAAUUAAUUUUGCUUCUCGUUUUAGUGAACUAAAUUGCUUAGCUAAUGAAAUGGUCGAAGAGGGGCUAUCUUCUAAUGAUGCAUAUGAAUUAAUGCGUGAAAUGAUGAUGGAUGCUAUUAAUAAGGUGCAACGUUUGAAACUCAUCAAUGAUGAAGAAAUUGGACAAGAUGUGGAUGAGGAGUGUUCUCAAGAUAUAGUUCAUGAACCAAGUCAAGCAAGAACAAAAGGAAGGCCUAAAGGGAAGAGGUUAAAGCCAUCGAGAGAGAUCCGUAGAUGCCGGCCUAGGAAAUGCAAAUUGUGUGGAAAGCGAGGACAAAAUCAUGAUAGCAGAAAUUGCCCUCUAAAGUUGUCAAGUGAUUCAAUGGAACAAGAUAACAUUGAUGAAGCCACGGAUGAUUUAGAAGAUUCAUUUGAGGAAGAUGAAGUUCUCACUAUUGCGUGAAGUUUAAUCAAGGUUGGCAGAGAAAAUCACAUCACUAUUGGUGAGAAGGGGUUGAUGAAG